UUUAUUUAAUGUUUUAUUAAAGAUGCUGGGGCGUAUUCAUUAGGCCAAUUAUGUUACAAAACGUUUCUUAAACUAAAUCAAACGGAACGAAACGGGGAGGGACCGAGACAGAAUUAAAUGUUAGUAAUUUAACAGGAUAUCUAUGGGACCUACCUGAAUUUGUCCAAAAAGAAACUCGUUAUAGUUGAGAACGUUUUGCAACUAUUUGGACUAAUGAUUACAUCACAGAUAACUAAGCUUUCUCUUUGAUCUGUGUUUUGUUUAAAAAUAUUACUUUGUAUAGCGGUCUGACAUUAAUACAGAUCUAGGAUCAGUGCAUUGAGGAUCCGUGUUACAAUAUAAACCGUAAAACUGAUCUUAAAUCAGCAUGCCGGGGCAUCAUCUGACACCACGCAAGAACAAUGCAGCUGAAUGGCUUGUGAAGUGGGCAUGUCGCCCCCAACGUCCAAUCGGAGACGUUUAUAUUGCAGAGUGGCCGCUUGGAACAGUCCUGUCGAGUUUGUCGGUAACUGAAUACCACAUUUUGUAAUGUAAUAAUAACAGAAAAUAAAAGCGUCUGGCUACAUUUGUGUUAUUUUACCCGUUGGAUUUUGUUCAUGCUGUCUUUCUUGGACGCUGUGUGCACAUUGUGCAGGUCUGAAGAGGCAUUUAUUUGAAGACUUGUAUGGGUCUGUAAGAGGCAUCAUGAGUAGGGAGCCAGACGCUUUGGCUGUGGUGAACCAGUUGAGGGAUCUUGCUGCAGAUCCUAUGAACAGAAGAGCUAUUGUUCAAGACCAAGGUUGCUUACCCGGACUCAUCCUUUUUCUGGACCAUCCCAAUCCCCAGGUUGUCUACUCAGCACUCCUGGCUGUGCGCUACCUCGCAGAAUGUCGUCAAAACAGGGAGAAAAUGAAGGGGGAGCUGGGGAUGAUGUUAAGUCUUCAGAAUGUCAUGCAAAAGACAACCACCCCAGGAGAGACUAAGCUGCUGGCCUCAGAAAUCUAUGAACUCCUCCAGGCUUCUAACGGUGAGGAUGCAGACAAGCCUGAGGAGGGCCCCUCUUGCAGACGUAAGGCCCAGUUCUUCCUGGGCUCCACCAACAAGCGGGCCAAAACAGUGGUCCUCCACAUACAUGGCUUGGAUGACUCUUGCCGGAGGAGCCUUUGUGAAGAGUCCUUGUUGAAGAUCCGAGGCGUCAUCAGCUUUACAUUCCAGAUGGGCGUUAAGAGGUGCAUCGUCAGAAUCCGCUCAGACCUGAAGGCAGAGAUUCUGGGUUCUGCCAUCGCCUCAACUGAAGUAAUGAAAGCUCAACAGGUGGUCAGGGGAGAGGAUGGAGAAGAGGUAAUCAUCCCAUUCCCGGAGGAUGGUUCGGUAGCGGUGGAGCAGAAUGUGGCUCUUCCAGACUACCUUCCAGAGGAGGAGAGCCCGUCCCAGGAGCCAGACAAGGCUGUGACCCUCGUGGGCACAGGGCAGGAUGGAGCAGGCUGGCUAGGCACUGCAGCUAACUUCCUGUCCCGCUCGUUCUACUGGUGACACUCCCAGACCACCCACACCUCUUCAGAUACUACAGAUACAGAAUCAGGCUCCCAGCUGCCAAAGAGCUGGACUGCCAACGGCAAUGUGUAACAACAAACUAUUCCAAUGCGUACAGUACACACAUGCACCCACAAUCUCACACCCACCUUGCACCAUACAGAAUCACCAAGCCAUUAAGGGACAGGACUGGCUUCCGGAAUUGAUUCUUAUUUCUUAUCUUUAGGGUUCUGAUUGAGAGCUAGACUAUUCUUUCUGCACAUGUAAAUGUUUUGAAAACCAAAUUGUCUUGUUGUGAGGAGCAUUAUUGUGGCAGCAUUAGGACUUGAUCCAUCAGAAAGGGUCGAAACUUUACCACAAAAUUAAUUUCCUGUAGUUAGAGCACUUUUUUUAAGCAUCUGAAAGCGUGUUUGCAUUAAGGGUCUUUUUCUCCCUACCUUUUUAUCUGACUUUUUAGACCAAGAACUGACCCAUCCUCCUCUUUUUUGGCAAUGGGUGUUCUAGAAUAUGCAGUAAUCAACAUGUGUUCAGUUAUCGUGCCUUUCAUUUCAUUCUGUUUACAUGGAGACCCUUGUGACUGACUGUCAGCUUUAGUUCUGAAAUGUAUUCUGCCUGUAAGGCUCUCCUUUGAUAUAUUCCAAAGGUUACUGAUGUAGACACUGGAUAAACUCCAAUCUAGGUACUCUUCAAUUCCAAUACCUACUGAAAUCAUUAAUGGAAUCUGUCGUGAGUUAUGAGAAAUGUUUACAGGACUGGGUGGCUGGUUGAGACUGUUUUCUCUCCAGAAACAGCAUGGAGAUUUUAGUCUGACCACUGUGGUAUUCUCUAACAACGUGGUGUCAUGCAUUAUUAGCUUGUUUUAUGUUAAGUAUUACUCAUUCGAAGGACAAUAUUAGAAUAUCUUUCCUAAGGAAGAGCAUUGUUCCUCUUUCAGGGACAGCCUCUGCCAUUUCCCCAAUGUCUUGCAUGAUUUAACACAGUUAAAAAUAAUACAAGGCUAAACGUAAAUCUCUCGUGGACAGACUACAUAAACGGUUAAGCAUCUGACCAAAUUACGUGAGAUUUGAGUUCUGGUUUAACCAAGAUUAGGCUAAACCGAACAUUAAUAAUCUCUGAAUAUAUGUUGAUGGAAACAAACAUUGUUAGAUUUCAUUGGAGAUGGAUUGGCCAGCCGUGUCCUUAACCUCUGGUUAAAGGGAGCUCAAGUGGGUGCUGCCUUAGUUUUGGGUUAUCUGUAAGUAUAGAAUUCUGAAUAUUUUGGCUGGUUCAGUCAAUAUAGUGGAUCAAUUGCCCAGCCUCUGAAAUAGCUAUGCUAUCAGUGCAUGUUAGUGUAUGAAUGGGAAAUGUUUGUGCUGAGUUUAUUACUGUUCAAAGUAAAUCUCAGCAUAAUAAGUAUUCAGUUUGUACCACCUAUUUUACAGGUAACAACCUCUGUGGGAGAACUUUCAAAAGAGGUUAUCUUUUGAAAGUGUGUCUUGAAAGUCAAUAUCUGUCUGGAGGGGGAAAAAUCCUUGUAUAGAAUUGUCAAGCAAUGUCCUGUUGUCCACUCAUGUAUUUGUUUUUCAUCCUGUAAAGACUCCCAUCUCGUACAAUCACACCUGACUAGAUUGUGUUUAUCAUGCCAGGGCAGCAUGCAUCUUAUUUGCGAAUACUGUAUAGUUCACACUCAUCAAUACUGUGCAUUGGUUGCCAAUGAAGUCAUUCACAAAGAAAUAUGUAAAUAUCUUUGUCUUGUCAUUGACAUGCUUUUUGUUCAGAAACCAUUAUUAGGUCAACUAUCAUGAUUUAAGUCAGCCUUUUGUUUGUCAUCUUUAUUUGACUCAGGUGACAUUUCUAUCACAUAAUCCACAUACAAAUCACUCAUGUAUUUUAAAUUAACCCCCAAACAUUAAAUAUUUCCUUUCCCUCCUGACUAUUAAGGGGCAAUUCCACUACUUUUCAACCUCAUUUUCAUUAUCUCCAGCACAAUACCAGUGUCUACCGGCAAUAAAAUACCCUCCCUCUGGCUAGAAACUCAUUGCAGAUUUUGAAAAUCACUUUUUUUUGUUACUUUUUAUCCUACACUGUGAUGUCACAAAGAAGCAUUUUAAAGGACCUUAUCUUUUUAACCACAGAUAAUAGAAACACUGUUUUCAGAUAUGUAGACACUGGUUUGGUGCUGGAGAUAAUGAAUGAGGUUGAAAAGUGAAUUGCUCUUUUAACAUUACAACCUAUUUAUGCUUGAGUUGUGUUUCUUUCCACCAAUACAGAAUGAACACCUAUCGCACAGGAAUGUUAUGUACAGUAUGUAUGUGCAUCACAGGUAUAUUUGCUGCCUGUCAGUUUGUCUGUAGUGUUGUGGGCCAUUGUGUUUUUGAUGUGAGUUAUGAUUCCUAAGAGUUACAUAAAAUAAUAUUAAAAGCCAAUGUUAUUCUAUGAAAUA